AUGGUGGCGAUCCUAGAAUUACUCGUGAGACCAGAGAAUCAAAGCUGGUUCAAGUGGUCUAAAGUGGCUCUAGUCUACGAGAGAAACGGACUCACAAACGUUUCUGGAAAAUUCACAUCCAAAUUGAUGAUGGAGACCCUAGUCGAGUUCUUAAAGAUUAAGGGUAUCAACUACCGAGCUUACGACUUGGAGAAGAACAACCUUUCGUUUGCCGAGAACUUAAAGAGGGAAAUAGGAAACGAGUACGCAAGUAAGUGGCAGAAAGAACAAAUUACCCAAUCUUAG